AUGACUGCUCAGGAUAUUGGAUACGCUUUUUUAAAAACUUUUUAUAAACACUUACACGACGAACCGAAAAGUAUACAUCAUUUCUACUCACCUACAGCUCAAGUUACACACAUAAAUUACCCAGCUAUAAAAGAUUACGUUUUAGAAAGCGAUAUUGUACCCACUAUCAAAUUGACAGGCGAAACAAAUAUUCGUCAGUACUUUCUGAAAUAUGCUAAAGAUAUCAAGCGUUUGAAGUUUAAAGUUACUUCAUGUGAUUUCCAGAGUAUUGGAAAUGGGAAAGAUAGCAGUAUUCUAAUUGUUGCUAUAGGAGAGUUAUGCUGGGAAAACACUCCUACUUAUAGAUUUAUCCAAACUUUUGUACUAAAAAAGUUGGAAGAUAGAUAUUAUGAUAUUACCAAUGAUUUAAUUCGUUUUAUUCCGGAUGAUGUUAUACCAAGGAGAAGACCAGUGAUAAAGAAAAAGAGUCCUGUAGUGGUUUCCAAUACUAGUAGUAAUAUUAAUGGGAAUAACGCCACCCCUAUUGAUAAAACAUCUCCAGAAGUAUCAACUGAAAAGGAACCAAAAGAAAAAGAAAUUGAAGUUGAAGAAAAAAAGGAACAAGAGGGGGGAAAAGAGGAGGAAGAAAUAAACACAAGUCAAAUUGAACCAAAACCAACUGCGAACAAUAAUAAAAACGAAUCUUUUCCUACCCAUACCAAUAAGAGUUCAGAAAAGGCUGAGGCUCCGGAGAAAACAGACAAUAGUUCUAAUGGUGCUAAAGAAGUCACAUCUAAAAAGGAAAGGACAAAGCAAGAAACAACCGACACAAAGAAAAAGAAUACUGAGAUUAAGGAGAAGAAGGACCAGCAAGAAAUAGAGAAUAAAGCUACAGCGAAUGAACACCAAAAAGGGGAAAACGAGGAGGACACUGAAAAACGGAAAAGUGAUGAAAAAACUGGCGUAGCUAAUAAUAAUACUUUUGUUAGUUGGGCAGGGAAAGUUGGUGCUGGAAUAACUCCGCCAAAAUCUGCAAAAAUUAUUGUUUCAGCGCCUUCUUCCUCCUAUUCAUCUUCAAAUAAUUUGCAACACAACAAUAGUAGAAGCCCAUAUUAUAAGAACAGUAGCAAUAAAAAUUCCAAGGAACAUUGUAAUAACACUAACAACAGCAAUACCAGUAACAAUAAUAGACCCAAAGAGUUUUAUAGUUCAGGCCAUAGCAAUAUUAACGGUAACAGGAAUAAGAAAAAUAAUAAUCAUCCGGGAUCUUCAUCAUCGCCAUUGUCAAUUUCACCAUCAUCGACCUCUACAUCCUCACCUAUUAUUUCUUCGCCUUCUUCCUCCUCCUCUAAUACUGUCGAUGGUAUAGUAAUUAAAAACACUAAUGGCCAUUAUCCUAUAUAUAUUCCUAAAACUACCAAUACAAAUAAAGAUGCCUUAGUUGAAGCAUUAGAGAGAGAAUUUGGUAAGGUUAUGAAUAUUAAUAUGAACAAUGGAUUUGCCGUUGCUGAUUUUGAAGAUAAGGAACACCAAACAAAGGCCAUUGAGAGGGGUAGCAUAAACGUUGAUGGCAUCACAUUGAAUUUAGAGGUGAAAAAACAAAAAAAUAAAUCCAACCACAAUUCUUAUUUUCAAACAUCAUCAUAUAACAAUACGAAUUCGAAUAAUUAUUCGCAUUCUUACUCUUCUUCAACAAUUACUCCUGACGAUAAUGGAUUUAUACCAACUACCUUAUCUUCAUCUCGUAGUGGCUCAAGACGAGGAAUAACUAGAAAAAAUUAA